AUUUUAUUUAUGUCAUUUUUUGGAAAAGUAUUAUUGCUAACAGCUCUUGUUGGAUACAGUUACCUUUUAUUCAAUGAUGUUUCAAUGGGAAAACAAUUUGAAAAAAAAUACAAUGAAUUCUAAAAUCAUUAAUUAGUCAAAUAAGUAAUUUACAUAACAAAAAUUAUAGUAUAUACCUCCUAAUACCAUGAAAUUAGUACCAGCAGUCUUAGCCAAAUAAAUUGUUGCAGGACUCAUUGCAGGUUCAGCUUUAAUGUUUUUAUGUGGAUGGUAAAUCUAAUUUCAAUUAAAAAUUAAGCUUUGUUAUCUUACCUGUCCUUGGAUUAUUAUUAUAAAUUGCUAUCACAGCCAAUCCAUUAUUUAGUAACGAUUAAACAACUCAAAUUGAAUUCUUGAAAAUGCUUGCCUUAAUUGGAGGAUUAUUAUUAUGGUCUUCAUCAUGCUGCUCAGCUAAGAAAUCAACCAAAGUCAAAACAGAAUGAUAUAAUAUUAUGUCAUUAUUAUAUUUGAACAAAUCCAUUCUAUA